GCUGAAGUAUCUUUGUUUCAUUCCUGCACCUUUGGAAAAUACAGCGACUUUCCUCUGUAUAUUAGGCAGCGUUGAUAACUGAGUAGCUCGCAGAAUGUUUGGAGACGUGCUCAUCAUCCUGGCCUGCGUAGCGGUCCUCCAUGCUGCAUAUUCAACAUACGAACACCUAUCACAUCUCAAAGCUCUCGGAAGACCCGAAGGGUCUCUACCAGCAGAUAUCAUUGCGGAAGCUCUAGUCGCGCUCGUGAUUGGUAUUAUUGGUGCAACAGUGCGCACCCCAGAGUUGCGAGAGAUUACGUGGCGCAGUGAAAUGAAAAGAAGAGCCAAGGAAGAAUCUGAUCCCAGGCUAUCCUUUCGAUUAUUCGCUCAACGAGCAGGUCUGCUGCCCGCUGCGGACCCGUCUACUACUUCAGUAGGGGAGAAGUCGUGAAUGCUCAUGUGGCUUUACGACCAUGAUGUAUAAGAUCAUAUCUCCUUCGGGGAACUACUGUUCGCCCCGACUAUGUGAAGGGGAAUUAUUAUGCCUUCCUACCCAAUGUUUGGCGAUGUAGCAAUCUCAGACGUCUCGAGUCAGUAUCACGAUAUUUUCAUACCACUGUGGACAGCGUUUCCCUCGUCCGUUAGCCGAAAUAUACACAUCUCAUAUUCU